GGGAUUGGUGCGCAAACGCGUAAUUCACGGCCGUGACCGUGGAAUCGUGCCGACACGUCGAUGGAGGUGAUGACGGCAUGGAUGGUUGCAACCAGCUCAGCCGUGGCUGAUGCUGCAACUGGAGUCAGACUUCAUGAUGAAGUUUGGUCUGUAGGCAGCAGCAUUCUCUUGGCAGCCUUGGUAGGUGCACUAGCGCUGUCCUUGGGGAAGAAAAGCAAGGCAGCUUCGUUCGGAAGCGAUGCAGCAUCAAACAACGUCACUGACCAAUCAGCUUUUGACGACCUGAUUGAUGAGGAUUUCGUGACUAUGGGGAUGCCGGCGGAACCUCACUUGGAGGGUGGGUUUCAGCCGCCAACCCGACUUAUACAUAGCAACAGUCAUGAUGCCUUUGCGUUCGACAAUGAGAACUGCAGCGGGCUUUUUCUUGUACUGCAUCGCCCGACCUAUGAUAGUCAGCUCAACAACAGUAGCAGCUACCUCUACGGCGAUUACUUUGAAGGCAAGAAGCGUCUUUGGGAGCUUCGUUUCCGCGUGCAGUUCAAGCGACGCGUUCCGCAGUCCGACCUUUUCUUUGGAGUCGAGCUUGAGGAAUACGUCCCGGUGAACGCCGCCACCAAGCGGGUCAUGGACCUGUCGGUGGCAGGGAUGCGGCAAGUGGUCGGGGACCGCUUGUACCACACCCUGGGCGACCAAGAUCCGGUGGAGAGCGAGAGGCCUGCGAUUAUGAUGCCCCUGUGGGCUUUCGACCAAUUCAUUGAGACCCCGGAGGGCGAGACUCCUCCAGACCUCUCUGAUCCCAAUCUUCCAGAAUAUGGACACAAGCGAGUGGGCCAAAUCCGGGAGUACAAGCGCUUGAUGGACUCCCUAGACCUCAGGCCGGGGCCUACAUUCACCUUCUGCUUCUGGGGAGUCUCCCGGUUCUGCGAUGUCAUCGGGUGGCAGGCCACGGGCAUUCCAAUCUUCACGCCGCUGGAUCUCAACUUGUACUGCGGCAAGCCUCCGCUGCAUUUGGUACUUUACACACUGCAAGGUGCUGAGGACAAGCGCCAUUUGCAGUCCAAGAAGACCUACUACUUUCGUUGCGGCUUCUGGAGCUCAUUGAAGCGCCCGAGCAAGGAAGUGGUCCGAAAAUUCGCCGGACGCUCGCUGGAGUUGCUGAAGCGAGCCAGGCGCACCCGAAUUGGGCAACCCGCUGCUGCCACCGAGCUUUCUAUCUUCGGUCUCAACGUUUUCCAGUGCUGCACGGAUCGCGAGAGCGCGCCUUUUCAGUGUCCCACCUCGAGCUGAAGUGGUCCGAAAAUUCGCCGGACGCUCGCUGGAGUUGCUGAAGCGCCAACCCAGCUGGGUCUUGAGCCAGGCGGACCCGAAAUGGGCAACCCGCUGCCGAUCUUUUUCGAUGCACGAGGUGCUGUGCGUACCGCGGAACCGCGCUACCUUCAACCUGUAGAGCUGUGCCGAAUUGGCGUAGCGAUAGAGUUGCAAAAAGAGGCCGAAAGCAAAGCCGAGCGC